CCUCUUUCAGUCGUUCGCUCUCCACAGCCACAGUGGACAGUUCACACUCAUAGACAUUCCAGCCUGUGCCUGUUCCGCACUCCCACACUCCUACAUCCACGGUUCACACAUUCCAACACUUCUGGUUCCUGAACAUCUCAUCUCUCUUUCCAACGCAUCCAACCACCGGCCUACCAACACUCAAUCACUGUCGGCUCGAGUCGCUACACAAUCCAUUCGCACCACGAGACAAUCACGACUCCCCAACAAAGCCCCUCGCGUUCAAUCGAUUCGCCGGUGCAUGCCCGAAUCUCCCCCCCCACCAAACAAUUCGCCUUGACUGCUGCCAUCUCCUGACGGCUCUCAAGUUUCGAGACUACCAAAAAGUUUUGGACUCGGGAGUCGUCUGAUAACUUCCUCCAUUAUUCUGUUUACAAUGGCUUCUUCAAAGGAACAACCAUCUUCUCGUCCUGCCUCGGGCAGCUUCUCAAGGCCCUCGUCUAACACGACAAGACAACAUUCUCAUUCUAUCUCCUUAGCGCCUACAAACCCCUCCCAUCGAGUCAAUCGUCGAAAGAGCGUCAAUACUUCAACCACUGCACAGGCCGCUAUCGCUGCGGCAUUGAGAGAACAAGGUGACGCGUCAGUCAUGCCGUUCCAAACCCACCGAAGAAGUUUGGGCUCAAGAAAGACAAUGGAGUCACAAAGUAUGAGUGCCAGACCGAGUAUGCACUCGUACUUCAAUGGUGGCUCCGGGAGUCGCAGUGGCCAAGACAAUGAAGCCCUCGAGGACAACUCACAAGAUGAGGACCAGGCCUCGUCUUCCAAAAACACGAGUACCAAAAAUAGAAACAGAAGAGCUAGUGAAGGGUCAUACUUGAUCAAAGGCGAUGGCAAGAAGUCAGCAUCUGAGCUGCGCUGCGACACCUGUGGCAAGGGUUACAAGCACAGCAGUUGCCUCACCAAGCAUCUAUGGGAACAUGAUCCAGCAUGGGCGAUUACGUCUAAGCUGCUUAUUUCUAAGCAUCAGCAGGUUCAAUUGCUAGAAGCCGCGUCCGUGCUGUGCAACAUGACUUCGGAGGGAUCGCCAUUGACCCCAUCCGAUCUUGAAGCAGCGGUCAUCGACCCUAGUGAAGGAUCUUCGGCUUCUCCAGGCUUCUCCUCUUCUGAAAUGCACGACGACGUCAGCUCUGUUGAGACCACACCGCCGCCCAUGAGCGAAGCCGCCUACCCUGUUCCUGACGCCAAGCGCUUCAGUGUCAGCAGCAAUGGUUUCUCACGCUCAUACAGAUCGAUUCCGUCAAGCUCCUACACCGAGAGCGUUUUGUCGCCGGGCCUGCCGCCACAAAGAUUUUCCGGGGUGGACUUCCGCCCUAGCACAUCGGGAACCGAUGAUGGCAGUCUUGCUGCAGCCACCGCAGGCCUUACCUUCAACGGGACACCUCGCACAAAACCGACCUAUUUAGGUGCCGAUGUCCCGCCUGUACCACCAUUGCCACAACAGUACCAGUCCUUCAACAGCAAAUCGUCUGACAGUACAUUGACCAACGUAUAUAAUCCUUUGUUGCAGAUGCAUCCCCCGACUUUGACCCAAAACCUCUCGGACGAACGCAGCUACCGGGAGAAUGAAGAGGACAAGGACAUUGCCAUGGAGGAUGAAGAAAUGUUCAGGAUGGAGGAAUAAUAAACUACAUCACCAGUCCCCGAGCGAGACUAUCCGUUCCUUACUACACCCGAUUUUUCCUACGUUCUUUUACAACAUGAAUUGAUUGGGAAGGUUCUUCGCAGUAUGUACGUACUUUUUUGGUGUGACAAAAACCACAAACAGAAAAAAUCAUACUCCCCAGCUCCGCCGACAGAUCCUGAAAGCACCGAUGAGUUGGCUCGUUCUACGUCACGAAGUCGACGAGGUUAAAGUGAGUGGGACUGUCCUGUCCUUUGCGUCGAGCAGGCUUUUUACAUGUCAUACGAAUUGGAGUUGUUAUAUCUUUGAAAUGCAGGAAAGCAAUAAGGCACAGCAAGCCACUUUUUAGUACGACGAAAUGAUAUUGGAUUCAUCAAUUUAAGACUGCAAAAUUUUCUUUUGGGCUGAUUUU